UGAAGCGGCAUGGAACUCUAAAGUCCUCCUUGAAGAUGUAAAAACGAUUACCUUACAUCGUGGGGAACUAACAACAGGACGAAGAAAUGAUCCAAUUGAUCAACUGCGUUGUGUCGGAGGUGAUGCAUGCCACAGGUAUACGCCAGAUGUAAUACAAUGCACUAACACAGGUUUCGAUGGGUCAGAUGCAAAUUGGCGCUGCAAUGCUGACCUUCCUGAAAAUCUUAAAUUUGGACCUUUCAUUAUAUCAGAUAAUAUCAAUGCUGGACAAAAUGGAUUGUCCAUUUGGAUGAAUAUGUUGAACGGAUUUGAAGUCUUUCAUGGAUUAAUGGCAUAUACUGUAACUAAAUAUUUUGAUAUCUUGAUCUACAUAGGGUAUAGUUAUCCUGAUGAUCCGUACAUACUACAAGGAUCAUGUGGACUUGAGUAUACACUUUAUUAUAAAAACGACUGGAAAAAAGAUCGAAAUUACCAAUGGUUUGAAGAUAACGACUACUUUCGAUAUGAUGAUUCACCAAAUAAUAACCAUCAUCAAAAUUUUUGGCCGGGAGGUGGUGGUGGAAGAUUUUACCCAAGAAAUGACCCGUAUGAUUACGAUUCAUCACAACCGGGAAAUAUGGGUCAAAAUUUUUGGACAGGAUUAGGUGUGGGUGCAGCCGCAGGAUAUUUUCUGGGCAGAAAUAGUAGAUCGCGACGACCUAGAUCUGAAGCCACUACUUACACAUCAUCUUCAUCCAGUGGAUCUAGAACAAUUAGUUCUCAAGGUUUUGGUAGAACUAAAAGGCGAUAA